UUGAAGGAUGAAAAGCCAGGAAAUGUGCAUCACCAAUUGCAAAAGCUUCUGACUGAAUUACACAAACGCACUGAUGCGUACGAGCUGAAGAUUGCCAACAGGCUUUAUGGAGAAAAGACUUAUCAAUUCCUUGAGCAAUAUUUAGAUAAUGUUAAGGAAUUUUUCCUGGCCCAUGCAGAAUCUGUUGAUUUUCAAAAUGCUGCAGAAGAAAGUGAAAAGAAGAUUAACUCCUGGGUGGAAACUCAAACAAAUGGAAAAAUCAAAAACCUAUUUCCUAAGAAGACUCUUAACAGCGCCACCAUCCUUGUUCUUGUCAAUGCAGUCUAUUUCAAAGGGCAAUGGGAGAAGAAAUUUAAUAAAGAAUAUACUAAAGAGGGAAAAUUUUGGCUGAACAAGUGGCCACCAGCAAUCUGAUACAAAAUGAUGAAUCAAAGAAAAUCCUUUAAUUUUGCCUUGCUGGAGGAUGUGCAGGCUAAAGUUCUGGAAAUACCAUACAAAGGCGAAGACCUAAGCAUGAUUGUGCUACUGCCAAAUGAAAUAGAUGGUCUGCAGAAGCUUGAAGAUAAACUCACUGCUGAGAAAUUGAUAGAAUGGACAAGCUCACAGAAUAUGAGCAAGAGAGAUGUGGAUCUAUACUUACCUCGGUUCAAGCUGGAAGAGAGCUACGACCUCAAGGACGUGUUGAUGGCCAUGGGGAUGGUGGACGUUUUCUCUCCACAGGAUGCUGACCUCUCAGGCAUGACUGGGAGGCGGGGUCUUGUAGUCAGUAAAGUCCUACACAAGGCAUUUGUAGAGGUCACAGAGGAGGGAGCAGAGGCUGCUGCUGCCACUGGCAUAGUUACCGGCUUUACAUCUACUCGUUAUUCAAUUUAUGAAGAGUUCCAUUGUAAUCACCCAUUCCUAUUCUUCAUCAAGCAAAAUAAGACCAACAGCAUCCUCUUCUUUGGAAGAGUCUCUUCCCCUUAGAUGUGAUUGGCCUGUAACUUUUAUUAGAUGUUCACAGAAUUGUUCCAGUAAACUUAUUGCUGGAAACAAUAGGUUGUCUUGAUUCAUUUUUCUUUUCAAUCUCAUAGUCAUCACCAAGAAUUUAAUGGUUGAAAUAACAUGUCUCUCUAUCUCUCUCUUUCUAAACACAUAUAUAAAUCUACUUUUUCUCCAGUAAAAAUUUCCUUGGAAAAAAAUGUCCAACUUCAAGGUAAUAUAAAAGAUUAUUUCAAUACAAUAUCUUCUAAAUUUGAAAUAUAAUUGUUUGCAACCUAGUUUAACAAGCCAAACCAAAUCUUACUUUCUCCUCAAACUCAUUAACCUAGACACCCACAGUUCUUUGAAUUUAGGUGAUAUCUGGAACCCUUCUUAUGUAUCUAAAUUUUAUGAUUCUAUAAAAUACACUAUCAAUAAAAUAAUUACUUCAAUUA